AUGAAUUUCGGCUUCCUUUUAACGCCUUCCUGCCAUUUCGGCUUGUCGGGCACGGGUGCGGCGUUCUUGCUACCCGACGGGUGUACUGCUGGAGCGGACAGGACGCCGGACGACGGGUGGGCCAGGCUUCGCAGGCAGUCUCAGCACGCUGGCACUGCUAGCUCCUCAAAGAACAGUGUUCUCUGUUGUGCGCUGUUGAGUCUCGGAGCGGCGCUGUUGCCGGUGCUGAUUGCCAGAUUCGGGGCUUCGCGGCCACUGCUCCAGCAGCUCCACCGUCAUUUCCUGCUCUCAGAAGCUGAUGAAUGUUGGCUUUUCACGGGAAUGACAUUCAUGUCCGGUGGCCUGGCACGUGGAGCCUCUUCGUCACUGGACCCUGGCCAAGACAUCAAGGAUCGUAAUCUUGUUCAAAUAUUCAAAAGAUUACAUAUGGAGCAUGAUUUGGAAUCGUUUGAUUUUGAUGGCAGUCUUAAAUUUCAAUCUCUCGACACCGCUAAAGCCCAUCCCGCAGAGAAACUUGACGAGGAGAGAACUGGACGAACUCGCCCGCGUAAAAUCCAUGAUUACGCACUGAUGGCGAAAGGCCAGGGUGUGCUUAAGAACCUCGUAGGUUGCUUGUCAAGAAGCUGUUCGGUACCGGCUGAACCGGGCGAAAAUAGCAUGACGAGCCAGCGAAGUCUUUAUAAGAAUCAUCGGACGAUCCUGAGCUCUGGUUGGCGCACCAGUUGCGCUGUUAGGAAACGCAAUAAGCGAUUAGCGCUAUCUUCGAAGUCGAAGAGCGUGAAUGGUAAUGGUUCGCGAAGGAUGGGGGCAACAAGGUCUCGGUUUUCAACACAGGUUCCAGUGCGUGGAAGAAUAAAAGAACAUUUCGGACUGCGAGCGAAUAAUAUCAAGCAAGCAUUUGGCCUUUCGAAGAGCGUUUUCCUCGAUGAGUCUUGGGAGCUGCAGUUUCGUAUUCCGGAUAAAUGGUAUAAACAAGGUAUGAAACCAAAAAUGAAGAAGCAGUUGAGAGAAGUGGCUCUGAAACACCUUAAAAAUGCCAUAGAAUUGGCGAAACUUCGUCAUCCGGAAGAUUUUGUGAAGCAUUUUGCAGAUUUUUUGGGUCCUUCAGCUACUAAUGAAAGUGAUGAAAAAUUAGAAAAGGAAAAUGAGGUGGUGCAAAAAAAGGAGCAACUCAGCAAUUUUAGAAGUGGUCUUUCAACUGUCACAUCACCGGUUGGUGUGUAUGAAUCUGGAGACACAAACUCAUCAAAAAGGGUUCGAAAAAUGCCGAGAGCUAUGGAAGGUUUUGCAGUUGGUUAUGAAGCGCAGAGAGGAAAGCGUGCCAGGAAGACAGUUAGGAGUUUUCCAGCUCCCGGGGAAGCGAAGCAGUCAGCGCAGAAAAUUGCUUUCAUCAGCGGUUUGUCGUCAGGCGUUCCUGGGCUUCGCAAACCGAUAGAGCAACCGGUAGCUGAAAUGAUCGAAACGCAUCGCCCGCAAGAAAGUUUGGAAAGUGGGGAUGCAGAAGUUUUCAACGAGUGUGGAAAAUUGGAAGAAACAAACAAGAAUCCGGCAGUUGGGGAUGCAGAAGCCUUUAAUGAAAAUGGAAAACUGAAAGAAGCUAACAAAAGUUUGGCAGAUGGAGAUGCAGAAGCUGUCAGCGAAGAUGGAAAAUUGGAAGAAGCAUGCAAGACUUUGGCAGAUGGGGAUCCGGAAGCUUUCAACGAAGGUGGGAAAUUGGAAGAAACAAAUAGUAGUUCGGUAGAUGGGGAUGCAGAAGCUUUUAGUGAAAAUGGAAAAUCGGAAGAAGCAAACAAGAACAUGGCAGAUGGGAAUGCAGAAGCCUUUGACAGGGAUGGAAAAUUAGAAGAGGCGAACAAGAAUUCGGCAGAUGGGAAUGCAGAAGCCUUUAACGAAGGUGGGAAAUUGGAAGAAGCAAACAGUAAUUCGGCAGAUGGAAAUGCAGAAGCCUUUGACGAAGGUGGAGAAUUGGAAGAAGCAAACAGGAAUCCGGCAGAUGAGGAUACAGAAGCUUUUGAUGAACAUGGAAAAUUAGAAAUAAAUGAAAGUUUGGCAGAUGGGGAUGCAGAAGCCUUUAACGAAGAUGGGAAAUUGGAAGAAGCAAACAAAAGUGUGAUGGUUAGGGAUGCAGAUGCUUUCAACGAAGAUGGAAAAGUGAAAGAAGCAAGCAAGGGUUUGACAGAUGGAGUUGGUCACAGGAAUGCCAAUUUGAGGGAAAAAGUAAAGCGCAGAUUGAGUUUACAAGAUUACGAGGUUGCGACAAAACACGUUCACACAGUUCGCAGUAGGAGCUGUGACGUGGAGCUUUCGUCUUAUCUGGCCACAUAUUGGACCGAGAGCGAUGGCAGCAGGCUUGAACUGGAUUGUACAAGUGUGUUUUGUACUUUCAAACUAGCUCAGAAAUUGCGGGGAGUUUUCCUCUCGGCAUAG